AUGCCCUCGUUGAACACGGGAGUGGGGAGAAGAGGUUGUGCUUAUCACGACGGUAAUAUGAAUGGUCAAACGUACGAUUCAAAUGGACAACCAUGUGCCACUCUAAGUAAAGAAGAUAAAGCUUAUGUAGCGGCCGCAUCGGUAUUCUGUGUAUCAGUCCUUCUUAUCCUCGGUACCAUUUACCUAGUCCGUUUCCUCAGAGCUAGAAAAAAGUCUCAAAGAUCACAAGAAAUACCAACACGUCCAAUGUCACAUUUAGGUUCUCCACUUAUUCGACCUUCUACCAGAGUCCCAGUUUCCCCUUCACCUAUUCAACCACCUCGACGACCAACGUUAUCUCCACUCGCUUCUCAAGGCAUGUUACCUCUUCCCUCGGAAUCUUCUCACUCUUCUCAUUCUUCUCAUCAUACACAUGAAUCUCUUGGGGUACAAUCGACACAUUCGAGUCGAUCACCUUCCCCAUAUUCUCCAAAUUCGGAAAACGGUUCAUUCACUUUCCCAAUCCUUUCUGCUGAUGGUCAUCUUUUACCACCUCCAUCUCGUAGAACAGAACCUCGUCCUCUUCCACUUGCUCCUGCUCCAGUUGCAUCAGCCUUACCAUUCCAAACUACUUCACCUAGUUUACCUAUCCUUUCUCCUAUUCCAACAAGUGCACGUUGGUCAUAUUCCUUCGACUCACAUCCACCGAGAAGUGUACCACGUGAAAGAUCUUGUUCUCCUUCUCCUCAUGGCGGUGGAAGAGGAAUGGCGAGAGGAAAAGGAAUAGGAAAUGAAGAAAGAGUUUCUUUAUACCCUAGUGUCAACGUGAGAGAGGACGGAUCGAUAGAGUUGUUGAGGGAAGAUUAUCUUUCGACCUCUUCCAUCAGCGUUGGAUCUUCGCCUACCAUCAGUUUGGUCAGGAUGCACGUUCCUCAGAGAGCCGUGUAUCAUAGAUCCAUGUCGGCAGAAGGGGAAGAAUUACAAGCUGGUGAUAUGUCCGAUCAAGGUCAUGGGCGGUAG